CGUUUUCCCUUUCUGAAAAAUUCCUUUUGCAACUAAUUAAUUGCCAGUUCAUGAUAUUGCAAGAAAAUAUCAAUGCGGGGAGAUUUGUAGAUGAUCUGGUGCCAAGUAGUGAAUCCAAGGAUAACCGACCCUUUUAUCUGAGAGAAUCAUUUCCUUGGACGGCUGAUUAUGCUAAUAAACGAAAUUAUGUCAAAGAGCUUCUUCAUAUCUGUAAUCAAUCGCAAAUCCAACGUUGGAGAAAAAUCAAGAAAGUGGUUGAUGUAUCGAAAGCGAAGAAAGUUGCAGAGGGAGUAUAUUCUGAGGUCUUUAUUGCUCAGUAUAAAAUGGAGACGGUCAUUCUGAAGUUGAUCCCUAUUGGGGAUAACAAACUGUUCGACGGAUGUUGUAUAAGCUCGUUUCGCGAAGGAGCUGCAAAAUUGAUCGCUCUGAAAGAACUUGCGGAUCUCAGUCAAGUCGAGGACGGAUAUUCUACAGAAGGAUUUGUUCAGCUGAAAGGAGCGAUGGUUGUGAAAGGGCGUUAUCCAUCAUCGAUGAUCAAUGCAUGGAAACAGUACAAACGAAGCAUGAAGUCCGACAAAGUAAAUCCGGCUCUUUUUCCUGCCAACCAAAAUUUCCUACUCCUCUCCGUUGAGAAUGGCGGAAUUAGCCUGAAAGAAUAUGAGAUCACUACUAUGCUUCAAGCAUACAGUAUCGUCUACCAGUUGUUCAUGGCCAUUGCUGUUGCAGAAAUUCGACUGUCAUUUGAACAUCGUGACCUAAACAGCGGGAAUGUUUUGAUUACUAGCGCUGACUGGCAUGAUAUAAUUAGAGGCAAGUUUGACGGCUCGGAAGUAUACAUAUAUGCACACGGUGCCAGAGUCAAAAUCAUAAAUUCUUCUUUUUGCAGAAUGACGAAAGAUGUAUCCUCGAUGUAUUUCGAUUGGACAUCGAAUGAAGAAUUUUUCAUGGGUGAAGGUGAUUUCGAACAUAUCGCCUUUCAAACAAUGCGCAAAAUAAAUAGAAAUACUUGGCGACCUUUUUGGCCUAUGACAAACGUUCUGUGGCUGGCAUAUAUCAUUGAUUUCAUUCAUGAUCGACUGAAACAAUUAAAUGUUGGAAGCUCGGAAGAUCAUGCUGCAUUUUUUCGUCAUUUCAAAUAUUUGUAUCGUUAUGCUAGUGCAUGGAAAUGGAUUCGCGACCACAUUGAUAAUCACAUGAAGAAGGAAGUUAUUGAGAAAGCAGAGUAG